UUAAUUCAAAUCAAAUAAAAAAAAUCGAUAUCAAAUAGAACACUACAAGAUUUUCUGUUUCAAUUUUUUUAUCUCGACCCUAGUUCUGAUUGGUGAACGUUGAUAAGCCCAUUGUCAUCCUUUCGUCGUCUUCCACUUCUUUCGAUCUUUCAACCCUCCCUUCUGCGUCUCUCUUUCUUCAACUGAAAUUCAAGGUUUUUUUUUUUUUUAAUCAAAUUCGCUGCUAUCUUACUUCCUCGGAUUGGGACACGAAAUCCCAGGUCCUGUUUGGUUCAUGGAGAAUAUAAGGAAAAAGAAAGUGAAAUUUUUGGAUUUAUUUUCUUAUGUUUGGUGGAGGUGAAAAAAAAAUGAGGGAAAAUCUUGGAGCAAUGAGAUAUUGAAGACUCUUCCAUCCAGAGGUUGACAACAAGAACCCUACACUAGCUUACGCCGAUUAUUGGAAUUCUGAAGACCCAGUGGUCGUCCAUUUCUUUAUGGUUAUUGAUUUAUGGAUGGUCAUUACGUUGAAACAUGAUGAACUGCUACUUUGGGUUUGUGAUAUGGUUGUAGAGGGAAUUCCUGUGAAAUGUCUUCAAGAAUUGCCCAAAUUCGUCUUGUGAGUUCACAUCCUGAGGUUUAUGAACCCUGUGAUGAUUCAUUUGCAUUAGUUGAUGCACUUUUAGCUGAUAGAAAAAACUUGUUGGAGCAUAAACCCACAUUGUGCAUGGAAGUGGGUUGUGGAAGUGGUUAUGUUAUCACUUCUUUAAUGCUUAUGCUUGGGGAGGAAGGCAAUGGGGCUCAGUUUAUUGCCACUGACAUCAAUCAUCAUGCUAUUAGAGUGACUCAGGAGACAAUGGAAGCACAUGGAGUUCAUGCUGAGUUGAUACAUACUGACAUUGCAUCCGGGCUGGAGAACCGUCUGGCUGGUUCUGUUGAUGUCAUGGUUGUUAAUCCACCUUAUGUGCCAACACCUGAAGAUGAAGUGGGUCAAGAAGGAAUUGCCUCAGCUUGGGCAGGAGGAGAGAAUGGUCGAAGGGUAAUCGAUAAGAUUUUGCCUAUUGCUGAUAAGCUUUUGUCCAAACGGGGUUGGUUGUACAUGGUGACUCUUACAGCAAAUAAUCCUUCACAGAUAUGCCUUCAGAUGCGGAAGAAGGGCUAUGCUUCUAGAAUUGUUGUCCAAAGAUCAACAGAGGAAGAGAGUUUACAUAUCAUCAAGUUCUGGAAGGAUUUCGAUAUUGAGGUGGAUGCAAAGGAUGUGGUAACAAACAGCAAUGCAGUUCCUGCAGGUGUCAUGGAUUCUGUCCUUUCACUGUUUCAAAGAUUAUCAUUUUGGAGCAGCAGUUGAACUGGAAAGUGAAGGAAGGUUCUAUAUUGUUGUCUGGCCAUAUGAUUCUUGUGGUAACAAGGUUUCAAUAUGUUACUGUGUUAAUCUUGAUUCAGUGUUCUCUCUAGGUGUUAUAUAUUCUUUUGGCCUUAACCACACAGAGGACUGAACUGAACAAUUGGGAGCAAGCUCAAUCUUACAUGUUUACUCAAAAUAUCUGUCUUAAGAUCACCAAUAUCAUGAAUAUCAGUUACAUUUCUACACUUCUCCCCCUGAUUGUAAGACUUGUUUUUCGUGAAUUGUUAAUUUGCUGUUUUACCAUCGUAUAUGACUGUAAUCCCUAUUCACUGUACAAAGGACCUUUUGUUUACUCUGCAGAAUACAGAUUUCUUCUGCAGUAGCUCUGCAAGCUCAAUAGGUCUCACAUUCUUCAAAUACGAGCUUAAACACAUAUAGGCACAUGUUAGGCCCUGGUAC